GAAAUUAAUAACCUCAUCUUAGCCUACUAGCUUUCUAACCAGCUAGGUAUUUACAUACAUAAAUUGGUACACAAGCCAGCACAAAAGAAAAAAACAUACAUAUAAAUAACAAAAAUCUGAGAAUGGAUUACAAAGCAAUAGUAAGAGCUUUGCUGCUGUUCCUCUCGUUUGCAUACGCUGUGGCAUUUAGAUCUUCUAAUAGUAAUUGCCCAGAUGCCGAGAGAGAAGCACUUCUGCAGUUUGCCAGAGAUUUCAACCAAACUGCAGCUAUCUUCUCUUCUUGGGAGGGAAAUGAUUGCUGCAAAUGGGAAGGCGUGGAGUGCGACAACCGAACCGGACAUGUCGUGCAUAUAGAUCUUCAAGGGAGGGGGAUUGUCGGCAACAAAAUCAAUCCUUCUUUGCUCCGUCUUAAGCAACUGAGCUAUUUGGAUCUCAGCAGCAAUUACUUUGCGUGCAUACCGAUUCCGCAGUGGAUCGGUUCUUUCCAAAAGUUAAACUAUCUCAGCCUCUCAUUUUCGUAUUUUUGCGGGAUGGUACCCACUCAGCUCGGAAAUCUAUCAAGACUUCAAACCCUCGAUCUUUCCGGUAAUAAUCUUACAUUGAGUAAUGCUAAUUGGCUUUCGCAACUCACCUUUCUACUUCAUAUUGACAUGGGCACUCUCUUUAUUGAGAAUGCAUCCAAUUGGCUACAAGCGUUGAACAUGCUUCCCUUAGUACAAGAUAUUCGUUUGCAGUACUGCAAAUUCGAUAACUUUCCACAAUCCCUCCCGCAUGUCAAUUUUACCUCUCUUUCCCUUUUGGAUCUUACUUUCACAUCAUUUUCUGAUCAUGCUAAUAACAGCGAAGUAACUUCUAGCUUACCCGACUGGUUGUUUAGAAUUACUUCCCUUCAAUAUCUUUAUCUCAGUUUCAGUAAAUUUACUGAGCUCAUUCCAUCUGGAAUUGGAAACUUGACUUCGCUGAAGGUUCUCGAACUAGAGUCUGUCGACCUUGAUGCCGGGAUACCAUCUAGUUUGAGCAAUCUCUGUGAGCUUCAUAUGCUAGAUUUAACAAAUUCCGCAAUUAACUCUCAAUUAGACACAUUCGUUGAGUCGUUUUCCGGGUGUCUCCAAAAUAGUUUGCAAGAGUUGGAUUUAAGUUUCACUUCUCUAAGCGGCAACAUACCGGAUUGGAUAGGUAACCUAAACAAUCUAAGUAUUCUUGAUCUUUCAGAAAACUCGCUUUCUGGUUCGAUCCCUGCCUCUCUUGGUAAACUACCCAAAAUACGGGAGUUAUCUUUUAAUCACAAUAAGUUAAAUGGCACUGUUUCCGAAAGUCUCGGCAACCUUAAUGAGCUCACAUCUUUGGAUCUUAGCUCCAACUCUCUUGUUGGAGUUCUUUCAGAACAUCAUUUUUAUAAUCUUACAAGGUUAGAUAACAUGGACUUGAGUUUUAACUCUUUGGAUGUGAAUGUGAGCUACAACUGGGUUCCUCCUUUCCAACUCACUAAUUUACGGAUGACUGGCUGUAAAUUAGGCCCCAAAUUCCCCUCAUGGCUCCAGACGCAGAAAUAUCUGAACUUGCUAAAUCUAUCUUCUACAGGGAUUUCAGAUUUGGUGCCAGAUUGGUUUUGGAACACAAUGAUACAACUUUCCACUCUUUCACUCUCUAACAAUGACUUGCGUGGUGUGAUACCCAACUUAAUAAAAUUCGGUGAUAUUUCAGAUUUGACAAUUGAUUUAAGUUCCAACCACUUUGAGGGACCAGUGCCAAAUUUUCCAUCUAACACGGGACUACUGGAUUUGUCAAACAAUUCAUUCUCAGGUCCUAUUCCUUACGAUAUUUUCCAGCUAAUGCCUAUGUUUGGCAAACUUUCUUUGUCUAUGAACAAAAUAAGUGGCAGUAUCCCCUUGUCCAUUUGUAAUACACAAUUUAUCACUGUAUUAGUUUCAAACAAUCGUUUAUCAGGAGAGCUCCCAAACUGCGAGAAUUACACCACUCCCUUACUAGUUUUGGAGCUUUCGAACAACUAUUUUUCCGGAGGAAUACCUAAAUGGCUUUGCGAUUUGCCUCAGCUUCAAUACUUGCAGCUAAGGAAUAAUAGGUUAUCUGGAGAUCUUCCCUCAUCCUUAAAGACCUGUAAGAGUCUAGAUAUUCUUGAUCUUGGUGGUAACAUGUUUACAGGAAGGAUACCGACCUGGCUUGGAGAGCUCUCAUCUCUCAAGAUUCUUAGCUUGAAAUCAAACAAGUUUGUCGGCGAAAUUCCAACAGAACUCUCUAAUCUUACUGGUCUCCAAAUCUUAGACCUCUCAGAUAACAAUCUUUCAGGGUCAAUACCAAUGAGCUUCGGCAAUUUCAUUUCCAUGAGGACCCGUCUUGAAUUCAACAUGCUAAACAUCUCAUUAGGUAACUAUGAGGAGAAUAUGAUAUUGGACAUCAAAGGAAGAGAAGAUCAAUAUGGUAGCAAUCUUCUUUCGCAGAUGACGAUCUUGGAUCUCUCUAGGAAUAGCUUGUCAGGACGCAUACCCGAUGAACUAACAAAUCUUCUCGGAUUGUUGAUAUUCGACUUGUCGAGUAAUGAUCUAACGGGACAAGUACCAUCCAAGAUCGGUGAUAUGAUGCAGCUAGAAUAUCUUAACUUGUCGAGAAACAAGUUAUCAGGAGCAAUUCCUUCUAGCUUGUCCAACUUAAGCUUCUUGGACUUCUUGGACUUAUCUUACAACAACUUCUCAGGAAUAAUUCCGACCGGGAAGCAAAUGGACACAUUCGUGGACCCUAAAAUAUACGUCGGAAACCAAUAUCUUUGCGGAUUCCAAAUAAAUGUGAGUUGCACAGGCAAUGAAGGCGAAGCUGAAGGCCCGACAAUUGGCCAGUCAAGUCAAACUCCAACUAAUGUUUCAGAAAAUGAAGACAAAAAUCGAAAAGAGAUCUUACUCCUUUGCCUUAUUACAAUAGCAGGAUUUGCCGUUGGGUUUUGGACUAUUACUGGAGUUCUAUUGGUAAAUAAAGGAUUUAGGAUUUGGUGGUUCCAAUAUGUAGAUAGCUUGUAUGAUAGUCUCUAUGUAACCUUUAGAGUAUACUUCGCAAGGCUUAAGAAAACGAUGUCAAAAAUAAACACAAUUGAUGGCUAAAAUGCACUGAUCUGUAAGUUAAUCAACUUCGAUAAAAAUAAAAAAGCAGAAUUCUCUUUUCUAUA